GAAAGGCUCAGUAAAUCAUCAUAGCCUUGGCUCUGAAGAACCGCGCAAUACGACGACGAAUCGAAGGAUGCGACUUGGGGGAAUGGGGGAAAUGAGUCCGGUGAAUCUUCUGGUGCGUCCUCCCGACUGAAAUUUUCUUCGUCCGCUAAUCCUGCUCUAGCUCAGGCUGUUCUUCGUCAUCGUCUCCAUCCGGAUCCUCCAGCGUCGACUGCUCGAGCUUGCGCAGCUUUUCGGUUGAAAUGUCCAAGAAAUCUUCGAGGGAGGGAAGUGGGAUGGACGUUCGGGCGAAGUACGGAAUUACUCGGAAGGCGGCGAUUGGGCGGUGAAAGACGGCGCCGUCAAGUUCGCAGAGAAUGUACGCACCCCCACGGUUGCGCGAGAUGACAAUUAGAGGGCCAAGGUACCGCUUGCGCAUCUUUGCGCUCAGCGACUUCUCGAUCGCCGUAUUCCGCAUCAAAACGAGGUCGCCACGCUUGAAGUCGAAGUCGCGCAUCGUUACUGAGUGGUCCAACUCGAACUGGGCAGCGUCGUGGAGUCGGGCUUCGUAUACACGGGAAUGGAGCGCCGCAAGAUCCUCUCGUCGCUUCUGGAGGGCAAUAGCACGUCGGGUGAUGAGUUCGGUGGUCGAAAGCACCGAUUCAGGAGGCGGGAGCAGGGUGAACAACCCAUUCUCCGGCGAACUGUGACACGAUCCGCCCAAAACACCGAGUACGCGGCUGAGCUCCAGCGCUUCUGGUCGCCGUCCACAGCCUUGAAGAGCGACUCGCGGACAUCAAAGUGCGAGUUCUCGAUCAUCCCAUUGGCGCAUACCCCAGAGCCUUCACAAACGGAGUACCGUUGUCGGAAACGAUCUCGGGUGGCCGCUGUUUCGCGCCGGAGCAUCCGGAACUCGGGGAAGUGCGAAAUCGAGCACCUUCCUUGAACGAUGUAGCGGAAUCCGCCGCUAGGAGGCAUGUACAUUGUGUCCAUGUACACCUUCGAGAAGAGCGGAGCGGGAACAGCAACGGUUCGAAGGUACCAAGUCACGUCUUGCGCAAGAAACGGCCACCAGAACCGUUCGAGCAGCAGUGCUCGGGUCGCGUGGAAUCCCUUGUGGCCGAUAUCGUCAUGAGCAGAGCGCAAAAUGAAGAGGCGCCGGUGCUGAGUGUAGAACUCCAUACUAUAUCGGACGAAGGCUUGGUACUGGGAGUCGGACAUCUGCCGUGGACGACGAAGCGUUUCGAGCCAGUUGCGGACCAAGUCAACGCGAACAUCGGCAAGACGUGCAUUCUCACUUCGAGGGACCUGGUUGUAAGACAGCGGCGGUGGCGUAGUUGAUUCUGUUGGGGCUAUCUCGGCGGCGUAGAUCGAAGUUGCGGGUUGGCAACGCGACGUAAAUGGCUCCAACUCGUCUCCAGGCUGCGCCGGACGACGCGAAAGUCCAUCAGGACCGUGCUGAAUACCCGGAACGUGGAUGAGCUCGAAGUGGAAAGUAAGGAUAGCGAGGAUCCAACGGUUGACGCUGGCCGAAGGUAGGAGGUCUGGGUUACGUAGCAUCCCCUUGAUGUAACGAGCGUCCACUUCAACAACGAGAUUCCGGAGGCCAAUGAGAUAUAAUUUCCAAGACCGAA